UGAACUUGCGUUUGCGCAUCUUCAAAAUUUCUCUCGUGGGUCAUCGGGUGUUUGUUCGCGAGUUCGCCGAUUAUUCGCACAGUAAAACCUUAUCAAGAAGUUGUUUUUUCCCCGGGUGUCGCGGGUGGAAAACCCGCAAAUGACACAUGAUUCAAAAAAAUAUAUAUUUUUUUAUUGUUCCUCAGGUGUAUAGUAAUAUAGUUUCUUAAAUACGUUAUAGCCAUACGCUUCCAAUAGUUGUUUUCUUUUUUUUUUUGAAGUAAAAAAAAAAUAUAAUAGUGCAUCACUGUAUAUUUUUUUUCCCCACCGAUGCAGGAGUUUGUGCUCAAAAUUUUGUGAUUAAAAUGUGUGACACAUGCGUUUAGUGAUGAGAAAAAAAACACGUGUGUGAAAAUGAAUUGAAUUUAUAUAGAUAUAUAUAUGUAUGUAUGUUUAUAAAUAAAGCAGUAGAAUUUUUGGAGCUUCCACGGAAGAAUUUCGCGGCUGGAUCUCGAUAUGCAGGCUGGACCGUAAUCAAGAUCCUAUCGAGUGAUAAAAUUCGAGAAAAACUAUGGCCGAAUAUAAUGGUGAAGAAAAUUUGCAUAUGAGCGACGUUAUGGAAGUUAUUCAAAAUGAUGAAAUUGGUGGAACAAUAUUAGACGACGAUAUGCAUACUGAAAUGGAAGACGAAUUUCAAGGAAAUUCAUUUUCGCCAAUUAUGGAACAUCAUCAUUUACAAAAUGAGAGUCAUCGUCCUUAUAUUGAAAUUUUAGAGCAGCCUGCUAGUGGAAUUCGAUUUCGUUAUGAAAUUGAGGGUCGAUCAGCGGGAAGUAUACCAGGUGAAAAUAGUCGACCUGAUAUGAAAACUUAUCCCACUAUUCGAGUAGUGGGAUACACAGGAAGUAUAACGAUUGUCGUUUCAUGUGUAACUGUUGAGGACAAUCCAAAUAAUCGACCAAGAGCUCAUCCACACAAAUUGGUUGGUAGAGCUGAAAGUUGUAAAAAUGGUGUUUGUCGUGUUCGCCUUAGGGGUGACAAUAUGACAGUAUCAUUUCCAAAUCUCGGCAUUCAAUGCGUGAGACGAAAGGAUGUUGAGGCAUCGUUAACCGAACGAGAAAAAGAGAGGGUCGAUCCUUUUGCUGUUGGAUUUGAACAUAGAAGAACUCACGCCAAUAUUGCUCUCAAUGUUGUUAGACUGUGUUUUCAAGGUUUUAUUCCAAGGAAAAUAAAUGGAAAAAAGGAUUGGGAACCAUUGGCUCCUGUAGUUUCAAAUCCAAUUGUCGAGAAAAAGGCAACGUGUACACUUUCUAUUCACAAGUUAAGUCAUUAUUGUGCAUCAGUCGCGGGUGGAAUGGAAAUGAUUUUACUUUGUGACAAAGUACCGAGGGAUGAUAUUCAAAUUCGUUUUUAUGAAGAGCGAGACGGUCGCGAUUGGGAAGGAUAUGGAGAAUUUCAGCCCGCGCAUGUCCAUCAUCAAUACGCAAUAUCGUUUCGAACACCAAAGUACGACAAUAUGGACAUCACGGAACCAGUGAAAGUGAAAAUUCAAUUGAAAUUAAAGAAGAAAGAUCAGGGUGGUCCACCGUUGGAUUUCGAGAUGCUUCCAUUAGGUACAGCUAAUAACGAGGGAAUCUUGAAAGCAAAGAGGAAAAGUCCAAGAGAUUUUGUGGCUCAAAAUAGUGAUAAACGACCCAAGUUCCUUGAUCCAAGCUUGCAUCAGGAUUUGAUAAAAAAGGAACCAACAAAUUCGCCUUUUCCGACAUUUAGAGAAACUGUGUCACCAAUUCCUUGUCAUUCCGGUGCUGCAGCUUCAACACAGGCUCCACUUAAUUAUCUUCCUUAUAAUGUAAAAGCAUCACCAGCGAAUUCACCUCAAAUGCAGUUUACGGAAUUUAAUAUUCCCUAUACUCCUUAUAAUUAUCCUCAAACAACAACGACGACAAAUAAUGUAUCGGAAAUGUUUAUCCCAGACUUUGAACCUCCAAUUCAACAAGUAAUUAAUCCUAUUGAAAAUACAGCAGGAGGAAUUUCUUUGACAACGCCAAAUGAAUCAGACGGCACACGAUUUUUCGAUUUAGAUAGACAACAAUAUUUAGAAUCACCAAUUCAUUUAGGCACAUCAGAACUUUUAGCUUUGGUAGAUGAGAGAUUUUCCGCUGAUUUCUCUAAUGGACUAAACAUUUCCGCGACUGAACCACAACCUGAGCAGCUCAAUGAGAAUUUAGACGAUACAGAGAGUUUGUCGCGAUUGGCUCGCGAUAUUCAAGAUCUAAACGAAAUGGUUAAACCAAGUCGUUUGGAAUAAAUUGAUAUUAAUACACAGUGAGAGGACUAGAUUUUAAUAAGUGCAAUCGAAACGUUCAUUUUCAAGAAUUCAGUAAAAUAACAAUAUCUCCUGAUCGAUAUUAUUAUUAUUAUUGAACGUUAAAAUUCUGAUUAAAACUUUUAAUUUACAAUUAAAUUUUUAGUUUCACGUUUUUUUUUCAUCCAUAGUAGGACAAAUUAAAAGAAAAAUAAAUAAAUAAAUGAAACGAAAAUUAUCGAAAUUUCUUUAUUUAUAUUGCAAUAUAUAAAAUUAUAAUUGUUUGUAAGAAAAAAAAGAAAUAAAACAAUAUUUAUAAAAAAAAAACUUAUAAUAAUAUAAUAGUUUAUAAAUAUUGUUAAUAGAAAAAAGAAAUUGCAAAAAAUUGGAGAAAAAAUAAGAAUUGAAAAGAUAUUGAACUUGAUGAAUUUCUGAGAGUGAACGUUUCGACUAGAUUUUACAAUUUUUCAAAUUCUCAUUUAUUUGUAAGUGAAUAUCGAACAAAUUUUUUUUUUUUUUUCCUUAAUUAUAAACUAAGUUUUAACUAGUGAUUUCAAAUUAUCGUUACUUUCAAGCUCCAUUAGCUAAUAAACAAACUGAUUUAUUAGUAAGGAUGCCAAUAAUUAAUUUCUGCUCUCGAAUUUAUUAAUUAUCUAUAUUUUCUAGUUUUAUCAUUUUUCUAAAUCAUCGCAGUCAUUGUCUUUUUUUUUAUUAGUGUCAUAAGGGAUUCAUAUUAAAUGAAAGUAUUUUAUUUACGAUUUCGAAAAUAAAAAUUAAUUUUACAAUAUUUAUCUCAGGGAAAAUAUAUUAUAUUUUAUUUGAUUAAACUAAAAUUCAAUUAAUCUUUAUUUUUGUUUAAUUAAAUCAAUAUUAAAUUUUUUUUUUGACAAUUCGCUUGUUAGAAAAGUAAAUAUAGAGAAAAAAAAACUUGAGCAAAAUAUAAAUUACACGUAUCCUAUUUAAUAAUCAGUGUUAAUCUCAUACUUUUGACAAAUUACGAUUAAUUUAUA